AUGACAAUUUGUCUCAAAGAUGGCAUACAUAGUGUAUUUUGCGACCAAAACUGUUUUCGUUCAAGCUAUGGAAUGCACAAGGCCCAGCACAAAUCCGAUGACGCUGAGGAAUCUUAUAUACCAUUCCCUACUUUUGAAUUCACCGGUGACGUUAGACCUCACUACCCAUUAACACCUCGUCGUGCAGUGCCCAAGCAUAUCAAGUUGCCAGAUUACGCCCAGAAUGGUAAACCCAUUAGUGAGAUCAAGAAUGAUCGUAUUGGCAAAAUUCCUGUAUUGACACCAAAGGAGAUUACCAAGAUUAAAAAAGUUAGCAAGAUUGCAAGAGAAAUUUUGGAUAUUACUGCAAGCCACAUCCAGCCUGGUAUCACUACUGACGAGUUGGACGAGAUUUUGCAUAGAGAAUGUAUGAAGAGAAACGCAUACCCUUCACCAUUAAACUACUACAAUUUCCCCAAGUCGAUAUGUACUUCAAUCAAUGAAGUUAUUUGUCACGGUAUUCCAGACAAGACCAAGUUGAAGGAUGGUGAUAUCGUCAAUUUGGAUGUGACCAUCUACUACUUGGGAUUCCACUCCGACUUGAAUGAGACAUACUACGUUGGUGACAAGGCCAAGGCAGACCCAGAUACCGUUAGAUUGGUCGAAACAACUAGAGAAUGUCUUGAUUUGGCUAUUAAGGCAGUGAAGCCAGGUGUUGCAUUUAGAGAUCUUGGUAACAUUAUUGAAAAGCAUGCAUCGGAAAACAAUUGCUCUGUUGUGCGAACAUACUGUGGUCAUGGAUGCGGUACAUUGUUCCACUGCCAACCAAAUAUUCCACACUAUGCUAAAAACAAAGCCAUUGGUAUUAUGAAACCAGGCCAGGUUUUCACUAUUGAGCCAAUGCUUAACUUGGGUACAUAUAAAGAUGUGACAUGGCCAGAUAAAUGGACUGCCGCCACCAAGGAUGGUAUGAAGUCAGCGCAAUUUGAGCAAAUGUUGUUGGUGACUGAGGAUGGUGUCGAAGUGUUAACUGCUAGAACAGAUACCUCUCCUGGUGGACCCGUUCCAAGGAUAUAG